AUGGCCACGUCCUGGCGAUCUGGCUCCUCUUCCUCCUUCAUGUCGUCGGCUCUGAGCGCCCCGCCGUCCCGUGGCCAACAUGCCAGCCCCGUCGACUCGACCUUCACGCCAACCUCGGCAGCCAUUUCCGCCCUGACGGCCGAGUCCUCGGCCCCACAGACGCCCCCGGCGCCUCUCGACCUCGGCCCCCCUGGCUACCACGCGACAAUAAAGCUCUUCGAGCGGACGCCGCGUGAAACGACCGUGUACCUCGGCCCAUGGGAGAUCGUGGGUGCCAACCCACGGCGCCUGCUGUGGCAGUGCAGCUAUGCGGGCGAGGUGCUGGAACACUUCCUCCCGUCCGAUAACCCGGCGGAGCUCUUCCCUUACACGCUCCAUGCGCAGCAUCGCCGGUUUGGCGACCCGCGGGAGAUGGAGCUUUACUUGACCUUUCUCGAACCACACCGCAUCCGCUACACCACGACCGACGGCGUCUUGCACGACGAGUACAUUGAAGUCAAAUAUGAGUUUACCACCAUCGAGGGCUCCAUUCAGCUGCAGAGCGACAUCAGGAAGAGAGACUUAAUCGAUUGGUUCGACGUUGACGUCGUCUGGUCCGACACGCACCGCAGGACAGACUCGUACGGCAACGUCAGAGGGUUGGGCACCAUCCAGAGGAUAAAGCUUUGGCGGGACAGAUACUCAACCUUUCACUAUCUGACGUUUUACGCUAACCACCGGCGAAUUUGGAAAGAAUACCUACUAGACGACUUCGAGAGGGACUUGCGCCAGCGGGACGACAGACACCGCCGGGUUCAGCUGGGUGCCCGUGGCGCCAGGAGAGGCAGCACGUCUGAAAGCCAUCAAAGCCAUGGCCAGAGCCGCGAGCGCCGCUUCUCGGCGACCUCAAUAUUUCGCUCCCGACACAGUAACGCGCCCCACGGCGGGGGCGCAUCCUCAUCAUCCGCGGCGCAGAGCGCGCUCGACAUACGUUAUCUCGGCAUUCAGUUUUCGAGAAACCCCAACAUCCAAGCUGGGUCCAAUGAUUACACAAGGUUCAUCGACCAGUGGAACGCUGCGCACGCUGCGGACGCCCAAUUCGAGGCCACAUUCCCCACGAACCAUGUCGAACUACCGUCACCCUACAUCAACGGGUACCAGACACGCGGCCCGCCCAAUGUCAACGGGAUGGCCGAGCUACCCUCGCCAGAGAUGCUGGGGAGUCUUCCGCCGGUGGCGGAACCGGCGUACGAUCCGGACUCUGAUGACACUCAGUGA